CAUUGGUAGCCAGAUUAGAGGGGUUCCCUGUAUAUUAUUAGUAGGUUUCCUUCUCUAAUAAGCUCACGUUCCCUUCACCUGUCUUCCUUCCUCUCUCCCUCAAUAGGUAUUGUUGCAUUGUGCAAGUUGGCUUCUGCCUCAAAAAUCAGGGAGAUGUGCGUAGGAGCUUUCUUUAAGACAAAACACUCCCUAGACCUCGGCUACACAGGAAUUGACACCAGGUAAAUCACUCAGUACUUGUUAUACAUAAACGUAUGCAAAUCAUAAGUACCGCAAACAAUACGAUGGAUAGGGCCCUAGUAUAGCUACAAAGACACACAUUGACAUAAACUCACUUGGAUUUAAGGAGACCAAACGCAAUAGCAUAGAGUGAAGGGUAAUCAAAAUAUUUUAUAUGCGCACAAACAGUCUUCUUAGAACGGCUUGUGGAUGUUCAUAGUCCACUUUAUGUCUCAACCACUGCUUUCAAUCACUAAAGCCUGCAUUCUUUAUGUGACCGAAAUGGCAUAUUGCAUCAAGACGCCGAGACUGGCUUGCUUCAUCACCCAACGAUACGACCUUUGCUCUAUAAUUAUUAUUAUUAUGUCAAUUAACUGAAGUGUCAGAAGAGAACUGUUUGUGUUGUCUUGCUCUUGGUUUGACGAUAAACCCUAGGACUGUUGCUUCCCAUUCCCCCAAAGACUAGACUGGUCUUCUGUUUUGGUGAAUUGUAUGACUGCUGUUUACUAGAAAUACCAGCACUAGUAACAACAACAGUAUCUCAAUGUCUAUGAAGCGUAAAUGACACCACUGAAACGGGAUUUCUUUCAAAGGCAACUUUGUGGUUUUAGAAAAUUGGAGGCUACAAAAUACGUAUAUUGGCACCAGGAGCAUAUUUCACACUUAGCUAAACUUGCCUCGUUAUACUCCUCCAUUGAAUACGGCAGAAUACACAUACACCAGGAAAUCUAAUAGUUGUACUUGUUCACCAAACACUUCUCCCUCAUUUUAGCACAAGCACUUGGUCCCUUAUAUACCAUAUUUGGUUCUAAGGAAUCCAUCUGACUGCCAUAAAGCAUCAAGAGGCAAUUUCAAAGUUCUCCCACACACAAUGCCUGUACAGGUACCACGUAAGAACAUUGCAUCCUCUCUCUAGCCUUUGAAGAGACGCUCACAAAGCUUCCGAAGACAAAUUGCUGCCAUUGGGUCUUCCUCUACUAAGAAUUCCCCACCCAACACCCACCUCGCUCCCUGCCUGUACACAUCACUUCCUACGUACCAAACUUGCUAAUAACUGUGUCUUAUAUCAUCUUUACCUAAAAGGAAGAAGCUUAGGUGUUACUCCGACCUUACUAGUGACAUACAGUGCUCGACAAGAAUAAUAAAUAGUGACAUUCCUUUUACAAAAGUGAGUAACUGGAGUGAUAUCCACAAGAACUUCAACCACAAAUAGGAAAAUACAAGCACUGUAGUAUAGUCAUGAAUGUGUUGACUGAGUCUCCUACCUGGCCCACUUCUCUAACUGCACCUCUGAGGGUUGCAGCUACUGAGUAUAUAUACACUGUGCAAUUGAUUCUAUACUCUACACCCUUAUCCUAGUUAUGUAGCAGUUCCUUCGUAAAAGGGCAUGAGUGUGCAUUAACAUCCUUUUCUCAUCAAUGAGGGACUGUUUCAAGUUAACUAGUGAUAGUAUCGGUCAGCCAUCAUUGACUUGUUGAAAGUGUACACUAUGGACCUGGUUAAUUAGAUUCACAACUGUUUGUGAUUUAGGAUUCGCUGGAUCUUGGGCUAUGACCCGACAGAGAUGAUGGGGCACAAGGCCUACCAGUACUUUCAUCCUCAAGACCUGACGGCCACCUCUUCCUGCCACAUGAACUGUGAGGGUCUCUCUUUCGCGCACACACGCUCGCACUCUCUCUCUUGCUCAAACGCGCUCUCUUGGGCAUGCACACACGCUCUCUCUUGCACACACACACACUCUCUCUCUCUCUCUCUCUCUCUCUCUCUCUCUCUCUCUCUCUCCUCUCUCUCUCUCUCCUGAACGCCUGUGUACGUGCAUGGGCAUCCUCUGUCUCCCCCUCUUCCCCUCAGCAUCCCCACUUCCUGCAUUUAGUUAGCACAGCACUCCCAUCAUCCUACUUUCAAGGAAAAGGAAAUUUUCUCUGUGGCCUUUAGGAACAGGAAGCAGGAAUAGUAAUUUUCCCCUUAGGUCAACUUUUUAGUCAGGGAACCCCUGACCAUCGUUUCCUGUUUGAGAGGAAGGAGAGGAAGAGGGUACUUUGUUCAGGAAAAGGAUUAUACCACCGCUAUUAUGCAAGACUAAUUAGUAGUGCUUGAUUUAGGAUGUUUACUCUCUUUCUCCCCCUCAUACACACCACUGUGUUUUCUAAUCUCCAGUGCUCACGCAGGGCCACAGCCACAGUCCUUGCUACAGGUUCAUGUCUCGGUGGGGCGACUGGCUCUGGGUACGCUCCAAGAGCUACGUCACUUACAACCCCAUCACCCACAUGCCAGACGGUCUCCUCAUAUACACCUGGAUCGUGAGGUAUGUCACGGGAGAUAUUACGCACUAAUUGAUACAACUCACCCACAUAAACAAGCUUGUUGUGUGGCUUGUAUACUAUAUUGCACAUUCUACAUUCAGCAAUUUUGAAUUGCUGCAUAAUAUGCUGGACAACCCACAUGAACCUCGCUUCCGUGAGAAGCUAGCAUUCCAUCAUUCUUCCAACUACAUUCGAAUGAGCAUUGAAGUGCCACUGCGUACCACUCUGCAGAGUGUAAGAGGAAGAAAACAUGUUUACGUUCCAGCGUUCUUCUAGUAACCUUUCCCACGAGAUUCCCAGUAAUAGGCCAGAUUCUUGUCAUUCUAAAUAAGCCACAUGACUCUAUAUUAUACUUGCAAGCCUUUGAAGAGGAAGAGAAAUAGCACUCCGUAUUUGGUUAGUUCCGCCUAAUAUUCUUAGCAGGUUUAUUGCGCUUGUUGUAAAGGUAUGGUUGUGGGUAUCAAAAUUGAACUUUUCCUACUCUGAUGCUAAACCCAAGCCCACCACAUCAUCUAGGCACUUCUAGAGUCAGGUGAGGGGAAGCACUUCCUGUGGGCUAAACCACAAUUCUAACCUCCAUAUCCUGUGUCAAAGACUAUUGGUAGUGGAAUGGAAGGAUGUGGAGGGAAUCAAAGACUGUUGCUAGCAAAUCUUCCCAUGUUUUGCCCCUUUAGGAUCGAUGAAGAUGAUGAUCGUAUGAAGGCCAUCCAGGACGGCAAGUCAGCAGUGGAGAAGGAAUAUACCACCCUUGGAUCCAGUAUCUCCACCGAAGGCGGUUCCCUGGACAUCACCAAACUGGCCGACCCGAAUUCUAUUUCCGGGACAACUACACCUGCUGAACCAGCCCCAGCUACCUCCCCAAGAAAGGCAUCCCGACCAGCCAUGAUUGAGAAGAGAGAGAGUGGCUACCUCUCGUCCUCCUCUUACCCUUCCCCACAUUCCUCUGCAAUGAUGUCUCCACCCCAGAGUGUGGCCACACCUCCCGACUCUGCCAUUUACACGCCUCAACAGUUUACUGGAGGCAGUAUGUGCGGAUCGCCAGACAGUCAGUCCAAUUCCUGUCAGACCAGUUUGAACACCAGUCAAACUGGUUACUUUGGGAGCAUGCAGAGUGUCCCGGGACAAAUGCCGAGCCCUCCCUACGAUCUUAGCCCACCUCAACUGCAGCAACAGUUUGUGGAUCCAUACGUACCAGGAUCUACUUUUCAGCAGUUUGAUGGGUACCCCCAAGACCCAAUGGUCCCAAUCUCAGGUGGAUACACUCCUCAAUAUGAACAGCAGCAGCCUCAGACGGCGGUAGAUUACGGGGGUGGUCAGUACAUGCCACAACAGUGUCCUCUUCCAGGGGCUCAGGGUGGGAUGCAGUUCCCCACGCAACAGAGUUGCAGCGUAAACAACUCCACCUUCUCGAUGCAAGCGACGGUGUUCACAUCUUCGCCCGAUUCGUCAACCAUCUGCUAUCAGCCGCUGAACCUCACCGAGCUACAGUUCCCAGCUGAAGUGCAAGCCUACCAGGGAUACCCCGCAAUGCCGGCGACUGGUAUGGGUGGAAAUGUCGUCGACAGAGCUUACGUGAAUACGGCUCGCGAAAGGUAUUCUAGAGUUGCCUGCCCGACGCAGGGAGGGGUUCACGUGGGGUCAAAACGACCGAGAGAUACUGUACCCCCUUCGCAGCCUCGCGGAAUAUCUGACUGGUCUCCACAGUGGCUCCAGGGAGCUGCACCACCAGCCCAUGUCUACUGAAAAUCAUGUGACUCUCCUUUAACCGCAUUACCACUGUUUUUCCCCCGCUUCCCCCUCAAUCAUCCUCAUACAUGCAUCCACACCAACAAGUGCAACAUGUUCAACAGUGAUGCAUUAGUCAGUCUAGCAGACACUUAUGUAGCACAAUAAAGUUAUGUGUGUUGAAAUAUUUGGGUUUUGCCGCUUGUUAUAUACCAAAUUUGAAUUUGGCCA